GAACACCUGCUUUCACUAAUGUAUAAAUGUAAACAACAGCUUAUAAUAACAAAUGAAAACAAAGAAUUAGUGACGAAAUAUCGAAUGUUUUGGUGGCCAUUAUCUCAGACCACAAAAACGUCAUUAGCAAACAAACUUAUGUACUUGCAGCUGCAGAUUUCAAACAGAGCGGAAAGUGAUCGAAAACAAUCUAUUCUAGCUCAUAGGUUUGGAACAUUAAUUCAUUGUAUCUUUAUUGUUUUAGUUGUACUUAUGUACAAGGGAAUCGCGUAUGCUGGACUUAACAGCCUAUCUGCAGCUCAUCAACCCCCAAGGAAAAUUAAAAUUAUUCAUAUACGCUAUAUGGUGGGUAAAGCUUUAAUGACACGCUCAGACGCAUUUCAGCAAUCGACACGGUCGGCAGUGAGUUUUUUGCUGACGGCCUAACUAUUUUGUAAAAACGGUAAUAAAGUAUUGUAGGGCGUCAACAAAAUGAGAGACGAGCAAAAAGGACCCGUUAUCGGUGUCCGUCACAUGCAGGCCCUCCUUUUAUUCCUGGCGAUCGUCGUUAACUACACAGCCCGGCUCAGUGUGAGCGUGGCAAUAGUUGCUAUGACGGAUGCGGCCACCACCAACUUGGACUUUCCGGAGUACAACUGGAGUGGUGUGGAGCAAUCAUACAUCCUGUCCAGCUUCUACUGGGGAUACAUUGUCACUCAAUUUCCAGCCGGUUUUCUCGUUCGCCGCUUCGGGGCCAAGUCGGUGCUGUUUGUUCCCACGCUGGCUACGGCCGUCCUGAGCGGUCUCACUCCGUAUUGCGUGGCCUGGGGUGGCUGGCAGGCCUUUUGCACCAUCCGAAUUGUGGAGGGUCUUUUCCAAGGUCUGAUCUUUCCGUGCAUACAUGAGCACCUGGCCAAGUGGUCUCCCCCAGAGGAUCGAAACCGGCUGGGCGCCUUUGCGUACUCCGGAGCCGACUGCGGAUCUGUGCUGGCCAUGGCUAGCAGCGGUUUGAUUGCGAAUGGCUCAAUGGGCUGGCCUGGAAUCUUCUACGUGUCGGCGGGCACUUGCGGGCUGUGGUGCUUACUGUGGGUAAUACUCGGCGCUAACAACGCGCCCAGUUCCCGGCUGAUCGGUUCCCGGGAACGGGAGCACAUCGAGCGCUCUAUGAAGCGGCCUGAAGGCUUUCACGCUCAGAAAAUUCCAGUCCCGUGGCGCGCCAUCUGGUCAUCCAGUCCCUUCUACGCACUAUUAAUAGUACGGAGCGCUCAGGGCUGGGCCAACUCCACCAUGCAACUGCAGACGCCCUCCUACAUGCACGGGGUCUUAGAGAUGGACAUCAAAAGCAACGCUCUCUACUCGGCCCUGCCCUUUCUGGCCAUGUGGGGUAUGUCCUAUGUAUAUCUGGCUUUCGCAGAUGUGGCCAUGUCGAGGCACUGGAUGUCCCUGACCACGCUGCGCAAGUCAAUUAAUACCGUUUCCUACUGGGGGCCUGCGGCGGCCCUUAUUGGGAUUGGCUUUCUGGAUAAGAGCCAGACCACUCUGGCCAUCACCCUGAUGACAAUCAACGCAGGCUUAAAUGCCGGCUCUGGUAUUGGCAGCAUCCUGACUAUUAUCGACAUGUCCCCAAACCAUUCAGGAAUGCUCAUGGCAAUUGUGAACGGCAUCGGCAACAUCUUUCCGCUUCUAACGCCGCUUUUAGUGGGCGUCAUUGUCACUGAACCGGACUCACGAAACCAGUGGCAGAUUGUGUUUGCCAUGACCGCUGUUGUGUUUUUCAUUGGCAACCUGGUGUACCUGAUUUGGGGCACAACGGAUCUGCAGUCUUGGGAUGCCGAAGACUAUCUGAAGACGAAAGACCCGGAGAGCGAGCCAAAUGCCCAUCAAAUGGAAUUUAAGCCAAGGGUGGAUUCAGAUGCUGAGGCAGACUUAAAAGCAGCAUAGCUCGCUAAUCGGAUUCCGGGAUCGGCUUGAAGCCACAAGGAAGUGCGAAACGUAAAGCUGAUCUAUCUGGCCAGCAUUGUCUAAAUGCAUAUUGGGCGCAGCGUAUGCCAUUUUAAUUAAAAAUUCCCAAAACGUUUCGCUGCGCCCUUGUAUUUUAAUUUCUUGUUUGUACGCAUUUCUUUCGCUAACCGACGAAAUUUAAUAGAAAAUCCUUACUAUGUCUUUGAA